AUGCUGCUCUGGGUGUUCUUCCUGGUGAUCCUCACCCUCGACAGUGGCUCCCACUGCUCCCCACCAUCCCUGCCCCUCAGAAUGCCUCGGUAUGCAGAUGCCAUCUUCACCAACAGCUACCGGAAGGUGCUGGGUCAGCUGUCUGCCCGCAAGCUACUGCAGGACAUCAUGAGCAGGCAGCAGGGAGAGAGAAACCAGGAGCAAGGAGCAAAGGUACGGCUUGGCCGUCAGGUGGACAGCGUGUGGGCAGGUCAAAAGCAGAUGGCGUUGGAGAGCAUCCUGGUGGCCCUGCUGCAGAAGCACAGACACAGCUCCCCAGGGAUGACAGGACUGUUUGUGGAGAAACUGCUGUAUUUUUGA